AUGGCUCAAACCUUUUCAAUCCUCACCAACCAACGUUCCAAAUCCCGCUGGAACACUCUCCAUUCCCUCUACCCAAACGGCUUCAACCCUACCGAUUUCACCCAAAUCACUCUCCACCUCAACAACAAACCCCACCUCGCACUUCACUUCUACCAAUGGACCAAAUCCAAAUCACUCUGUCACCACAGCCUCUCCUCCUACUCCACCAUCAUCCACAUCCUCGCACGUGGUCGUCUCUACUCACACGCAUACAACACCAUCAGAACCGCUCUUCUCAACUCCGAGACCGAGACGCCGGUGAAGCUUUUUGAGAUUCUUGUCAAGUCUUAUCGAGAUUGUGGCUCUGCUCCUUUUGUUUUUGAUUUGUUGAUUGAAGCGUGUUUGCAGUCUAGAAAAAUUGAACCUUCGGUUGAAAUUACUAGAAUGUUACUCUCCCGUGGGAUUAGCCCCAAGGUUAUGACUUUGAAUUCUUUGAUUUCUAGGGUUUGUAGAAAAUUGGGGGUGGAUGUAGGGUAUGAGAUUUACCGGGAGUUUUUUAGGUUAGAUGAAGAAAAAUAUGAUUUUUCCAAAAGGGGUUUUAGAGUUGUUACCCCUAAUGUGCAUACUUUUAAUACAUUGAUGUUGUGUUGUUAUCAAAAUGGUUUGAUGGAGAAGGUUGAGGAAAUUUGGGGUGAAAUGUGUGAAAUGAAUUGUGAUCCUAAUGCUUAUAGUUAUAGUUUAUUGAUGACUGCGUUUUGUGAGGGAGGGAGGAUGGGAGAUUGUGAAAAGAUGUGGAAGGAAAUGAGAAAGAAGGAAAUUGAGCCUGAUGUGGUUAGUUUUAAUACCAUAAUUGGUGGGUUUUGUAAGAUUGGUGAUGUUGGAAAAGCUGAGGAGUUUUUCAGAGAAAUGGGAUUGGUUGGUAUUGAUGCAACGGUUUCGACUUGUGAGAAUCUUGUUAAGGGGUACUGUAAUGUCGAGGAUGUUGAUUCGGCUGUUCUUGUUUACAAGGAUAUGUGCAGGAAGGAUUUUAGACCUGAUGCAUUGAUCCUUGAUAUGGUGGUUAGGUUACUUUGUGAUAGAGGUAGGGUUGAAGAAGGUAUGGAGUUUUUCAGGAGUGGAGUUGCUAAGUUUGAUAUGGUUCCGAAGGAGAAGAGUUAUGAGGCCUUGAUUAAGGGGUUGUCUUUUGAGGGGAGAAUGGAAGAAGCGUUGAAGCUUCAGGCAGAGAUGGUAGGAAAAGGGUUUGAACUGAGUUCGACUAUAUAUGAAGCUUUUAUUGAUGGGUAUAUUAGACAAGGGAAUGAGGGAAUGGCAGAAGCUUUAAAGAAAGAAAUGGUGCAAACACAUCAAUAG